CCCUUGGGCUGGUGGCAGACGAUGGCGGCGCUGGCGCUGCUGCGGGCGGGGCUGGCGCGGCCCCGCACCGCCGCCGCCGCCACGGCUCUCCUGCUCGGCAGGACGCCGCUCCGCCCGCCCGCCCUGCUGGCCGUCGCCCAGCGCCCCGCUCCGGCCCGGCAGAGCCACGGCCCCCCGCAGCCCGGCCACGGCAGUUCCAAGGCUGCAUCCCUGCACUGGACAAGUGAGCGAGCUGUCAGUGUCCUCUUGCUGGGCCUCCUUCCUGCAGCCUAUCUGUAUCCUGGACCAGCUGUGGACUAUUCACUGGCUGCAGCCCUCACUCUCCAUGGUCACUGGGGUCUUGGACAGGUUAUAACUGACUACGUCCAUGGAGAGAGAGCCAUUAAACUGGCCAAUACAGGUCUGUAUGUGCUCUCAGCCGUUACCUUCGCUGGGCUCUGCUACUUUAACUAUCAUGAUGUCGGUAUCUGCAAGGCUGUGGCCAUGCUGUGGAGUCUCUAAGAUGCAUCCGAGUCCCUGACGAACAUGAUUGUUCACUGCUGCCUCUGCUUCAUCGUGUUUUUACCGAGAUGUUUAAUGCAGGAGAAAUGAGUAACAGAGGGUCCGUAGUAUGUACAUACCACAGCAGCAAGCAAAGAGCUAGUAUUUUAGAAAUCAAUAUCGAUCAUUUCUUGGUUUAUUGAAACAGUAAAAAUGCUGGAAGAGAAGUAGAUUUAAAGUGAAUUCUGUUUAGGCAAGAGCAAGUUGGUUUUAAGAUGCAUUAUAAAUUGGAAUGAGUUAUUUAAAUCAUUAACAGACUUAUACAGCUGAAGAUAACUUGCCUUUUAGCAUCAUCUUGAAUUUUUCUCAUCUUUUCCUUUUUCUAAAAUAGCUGCUAUUUGGUUUCCUAUUUUGUAAACAAAUUUGACCUGAGAAAAGUUAAACUAUGGUUCCAGCAUCACAACAACUGAACUGUAUGUAAGGCACUCUCUGUAACUCUUCAGGCCCUGAGAGUUAAUGUAGAAAAGGGAAUAUCUUUUUUCUUAAUCCAUCCAAUAAAGAAUUUACAGAAAA